AUGCUUAAGGCCAAUGACCUAAUACCAGGCCUCCGGGUUAUGAGCUUCUCAAUUUCAAGACGGGUUUUUUCAACGAGAACACAACUAAGAUUAAAUUCUAGGUUUGUUAAUCGUCCACGAUCAGAGUUCAGCGCUGGUCAGCCUUUGUUUGAAACUAGACCAGGACUUCUAAAGCCCGGUGAACUCACUCCAGGAAUAACCGCUCUCGAAUACUUUGAAAGGAGAACCAAGUUGGCGGCCCGCCUUCCGGCAAGAAGUUGCGCUAUUAUAGCUGGAGCCCAAGUGAAGUAUGCAUCUGGUCCUGUAUUUUACCCUUUUCAACAGAAUAACGACCUUUUUUAUUUGACGGGUUGGAACGAACCAGACUCUGUGAUGAUUCUGGAGAAACCGACGAGCAAUCUGGAAGAUGUAGUGUUCCAUCUCAUUGUUCCUCCAAAGGACACAUUUUCAGAGCAGUGGGAAGGGGAGCGGACAGGGACAGAGGGAGCAUGCGAGAUUUUUAACGCAGAUGAAUCCACUGAUACUCGACAAUGCUCGUUGUAUAUCACUAAGAUCAUAAACCGAAACGAAUACAUAUACUUCGAUAGGCCCCAAGACAAGAUAAACUCUAGCGCUGAGGCUUUCUUCGGAUCAUUUUUCUCGCUGUCUCAUUCGCCCGCUUCAGCAGAUACAAUCACAGAAGUCAUCAGAAAGUCAGGCAAGAAACACGUACGCAAGCUGACGUCGAUGGUCGCUGAUCUAAGAUCUAUCAAAUCACCAGCCGAAAUACGAGUCAUGAGACGAGCAGGCCAAAUAUCGGGGAGAGCAUAUAACCAAGCCUACGCCAAGAGAAUUCGGAACGAAAGAACGCUGCAAGCUUUUUUGGACUACAAGUUUGUGGCAGGUGGAUGUGAUAAAUCGGCAUAUAUACCGGUUGUAGCUGGUGGUGCAAACUCUCUUUGUAUUCACUACACUCGAAAUGACGACGUCAUGUAUGAUGACGAAAUGGUACUAGUAGAUGCUUCAGGCUUUCUGGGAGGAUACUGCUCGGAUAUUUCCAGAACGUGGCCCGUGAGUGGAAAGUUCUCUGCGGCUCAAAGAGAUCUGUAUGAAGCGGUUUUAAACGUGCAAAGAAAGUGCAUCAAGCUUUGUCAGGCGUCUCAGAUGUACUCCCUGAACGAUAUUCAUGAAAAGAGCAUCUCCUUCUUGCGAGAAGAGCUAAAGAAUGUCGGUCUUCCCGCAUAUCAGAAUUCUGACGUCUCGAAGUUGUAUCCCCAUUACAUUGGUCACAAUUUGGGACUUGACGUCCACGACGUGCCUCAAAUUUCUCGCUAUGCACCUCUUCGCGCUGGCCAAGUUGUUACCAUAGAACCAGGCCUUUACAUACCAGAUGAUGAGAGAUACCCGGCUUACUUCAGAAACAUUGGAAUCAGAAUCGAAGAUGACAUCGCGGUUGGCUCUAAUGGCUACACGAAUUUGACGGUGGAAGCUGCCAAAGAGAUAGUUGACAUCGAAAGUAUAGCACAAAAUGGGGUCAGCACUAUCGCUGAAGAGGACGAAGUUUCGCCGCUGAAAUAUGUCGAUUGA